AUGAGCAGCUCCGAUCUGUCCGCCAAAAUUGCAAAACUGGAUGCCCAGGUUGACGCCCUCUACAAGAAGAUUAAUCAAACGAAUUUCUUCUGGUCGCAAACUUUGGCAGAUCAGCCGUUCGAUCUUGUUCAGGCUGUCGUUGCCAGAUCGCGGAAUUCCAGUCAACCGGAAUUCAGGAGUCCGCUCGAGGUGGCCAUGUGGAUCAUACAGAGAUCCCAAUGUUUUUGCUGGACUGAAACCCCAGGGGCUCUGGAUUUCAUAAGGAAGAAGAAUGCGAACGUCCCCCUCUGUAGGUUGAGUGAGACUCAACGGGUCUACGGGAGACGUGCAGAGGAAUUAGUUUCGACUUUGUAUAACUCCUAG